UCAUCAUUAUACUUCCCCCCCUUUUUCGACCCUCCUUCUUCUUCCAAAUUCACACCCUAGAUUCCGUGACCUCAUCAAACCACUCGACAAGAUAUACACGCCAUCUUUCAUUCGAUCGACCAUUCUCCGACUGUUAACCGAUGGUCUGGUCUUCAACACACCCGAGCUUGUUUCUCGAGGUCAAGUCAGUUCUUAAUUGAAUCUGAUUUUAGUUGUUUUCAAUUCCCUUCCUAUUUAGCUCCGUUACGAUACAAACGGUCCAAACCUGUAUUACUUACUAUUACUAUUAUUGUUAUCAUUGUUUUUGUUACUAUCGCAUACAUAUCAACCUUAACCAAAUCUGUCUCUAUCCAUCGCGCAUAAACCAAAUCCGCAUCCGAUCUGCCCUCACCGCAGUCUCGUCCCCAUGCAAUAAUUCCCCACUUUCACUCGUCACCGUCUUUUCUGGUCGUCCUAGCGACUACCGCCAAACAACAAACCCACGAUUCAAUUCUCAGAACGGUUGCGAAAGCUUCCUUCUUCAACCUCUUACCUCAAUAGCAUCAACACUCGAAAGUCAUGUCGUCGCUCCCAAACGAUCCCUACAAGGCUCUUGGUGUAUCCAAGGAUGCUCAACUACCAGAGAUUCGAUCCGCCCAUCGGAAGCUAGUAUUGAAAUGCCACCCCGACAAAGUCCAGGAUCCUAAGCUGAAGGAGGAGAAGCAGCGGGAGUUCCAACAAGUCCAACAAGCCUAUGAGUUGCUGAGCAACGAGGCCGAAAGGGCUAGAUAUGAUGAUAAAGUGAAGCUCGAAGAGCUGAGAAAGGAGGCCAGAGGCAUGGCAUCGACUACUACGUCUUCACCACGUACUUCGAAGCGCCACGAAACCAGGUACUAUGAUGUUCGCGAAGCUGAGCCGCGAUCUACUACCUUUAGCACAUCCCCCCAUAAUGUCUACGGCCACACGCCUCCCUCGCGUUCCUGGGAUGAAAAUCUAUAUGGGAGGGGAUUCGAUGAGAAACCUCGCUCUGCGAGAAAAACCGCGAGUUACGAGUAUGAUAGAGAAAGAUCUAGGAAGGAUGAGGACCGUCGUAGACGCGAAGAGGACAAAGAGUGGAUUCGGCAACAUGAGAAAGUAAAAGAGAGGGAAAGGGAGGAACGACACAGAGAGCGUGAAGCAAUGAAGGAGAGAGAGAGGGAAAGGGAGAAGGAGAAGGAGAGGGAAGCAGUCAAGAAAGAUAAAGAUCGACGUAAAGAUGAACGAAAAGAAGAUAAGAAGAAGGCCGAGAAGGACCGUCGCAAGGAAUCUGACGAUAAGCACCGCCGUCAUAAGUCUCCUUACAUGGAAACAUUUCCGGGAGAUGAAACUGAAGAGGCCGUUUACACGACGUCCUCGUCAUCCAAACCAGAGAAGAAGAAAUCGAGCAGCAGCAGCAAAAAGUACGAUGAAACGCCGCCACCAGCAGCAGCAGCGCCGCCGCCGCCCCGGGAAGCUGGUCAUCCACCACCGACGACAGACCGUGAGAGAAAGAACUCUGCAAAUCUGGACAAUGCGAUUCGGUAUCUGAGCAGAUCAGGUGCUAAACCCCCGGCGCUCAGUCGGGCACAGACGUAUCAUGCCGAGUUCGCCGGCGUCCGACACGUAGCUCCGAUUGCCGUACCAACACCACCACCUGCAGCUGCGUCAGCGUUUGCGCCCCCUCCUAUGGCUGAUCCUCGAGAUGCACCUCUAGACGGAGAUGUGAAGAGAUCAUCGGCGAGACCUCGUCGCAUGUCUCAUGACACUCCUCGAUCCAAGGAGAAAUCGCACAAGAAAUCGAGCUCCUCCAAGGAAGCCAUCAUCGUAGAUGCGUCGCCUUCGUCUGGUGCUCGAAUCGUACCUUCUUUCACCAAGUCUCAUUCCAUUCCUAUAUCUGGACAGUCUGAGUCUCAUCGGAUGCCACCUCUUAGCCGUUCAACUACUGAGAGCUAUCCUCGUCCCCAACCUCCGGGUCUAGAGCGCGCGUCUACUUGGAUGCCAGAGUCUGACCUUGGCCGGGAACGCAGUCGUUCGCGUCAUGCUCGCACCUAUACAGAUGACUCAUCAGAAGAUGAUCGGGAUAGAGAACGUCGACACCGUCGUAGCCGACGAACGCAGUCUCCAGAGGAUAUACCGGAGGAUAUUCCUGUUCAAACCACCCGAUAUACCGUUAGCUCAAGUACCAGGAAAGCUAUCCCAGUUCCCCCGAUGCCCAACAGCUCUGCACGCCGAGCGGCUGAGCCUCGAAAUGCCUACUAUGAGCAUGAGGACUUCGAGGAAGAUACGCCGGGAUACUUCCCUUCGGGCGUAAAGUACUCAAAGCAGUUCGGCCCCGGCGAAAUUCAGUUCAGCAACUUGCCACACGUCCGAGAGGAGUUGUUUGCGUAACUGCUGUAGGUUUUUUGGAAAGCGAUAUAUUUGCCCCUGUCGAGAUUUAUCAAUAACGAACCGUAUAUCGCCGAUCCGAUGGAUUACCAUUUGCGUAUCACUCUACGCCAUGGUUUUAUCCAUGUAUUUCUUUCGAGGCUUCUUUUUUCCACUGCUUUCCUGCCUCAUGUUUCUCGUGUCUCGAAUUCGGCGUUUUCGGGGGACUUUGG